GAGCUUACAAUUGAUCUGACAGUUACACUGAGCUUCACUCCAGGAACCCUCCCGGGACUCUACCCUGUUAGGAAUCAGUGGUAUGACGAUUAUUGCGUCACAACCAUGCGACCAAUGAUGACGGUGAAGCACGAAGGGGCAGUGUCUAGAGCUGUCCCCGCCCACAUCAUGUGAUGGGGAGAGGACGCUAGUGGCGCGCAGGUAUAAAAGCAGAACUGGUGCCGGCCCUGCGGAAUGGCUGUGAGGGAGGAGGCGGUUGCUCGGUGAAUCUGCUGACAGGAUUAUACCCCCAAAGUCUCCCAUUCUGCAGUACCAGACUGUGCAGGGGCAGAACAUGGACUCACACAGAAUUAUCAGGGAGGCUGAGGGGGAAGUCUGGGUAUCGUGCAAGAUUCCUGGAAAGCCCACGAUACGCGGCAGCCUGACGUCAAAGGGAAUAAGUUCUGAUGAGGUUCCGGAAGUGACCGCCUCCGAGGAGUUUGUUGUGCAGGAAGUCACCAAGAAUAGAAUCACUGUUUCCUGCCCCGGGGAGAAUAUUUCCUGCACAUUUCUGUCUCCUUAUGCAAGUUUCUCCCACAUCCAUGGAAAAAACGUCAGCUACUUGGACAUCUCCAGCGGAGGGGACCUGGGAGUCUCCAGCAGCACAGAUCAGACCUUUAAGGUGUGGGAGACCCAUAAUACAGAAGUAAAGAGCGUGCUGGAAGGUCACACUAGGGACGUCUUUUCCUGCAAGUUCUUCCCUUCGGGGCAGGAGGUGCUGAGCGGCGGGUUGGAUUCGCUGGUGAAGGUCUGGUCCGUGAAUGAUGGAAGCUGCUUAGCGACGAUGAAAGGACACAGAGGAAGUAUCCUGGACAUAGCUGUUGUGGCCGAUGGACAGAAUGUCAUUUCCUCGGGGCAGGACGGCACGGCUCGGUUAUGGGACUCUGCCCAAGGCGCCUGCAUAGCUGUGGUCGAUGACUCCUACUCUCCUAUCAACGCCAUCGCUGUGGCCGAGGUUGGAAACGCAGUCAAUCUGGGCUCUCCCAAGGAAACUCCUAGUAACAGGGAAGUAGGAACAGAAGGCAAGCUGGUGGUACUGGCCCGAGAGGAUAAGUCAUUGGAGGGAGUGAGCCUGCACAGCCGCCAAUCAGUUUUCGAUUUUGAAGGUUCUGAUGCUUUUAACUGCUGCACCUUUAUCUCCAGUGUGGGGGUCCUGGCUGGGGGCCUCGAUGGGAACAUAAUCCAUGUAGAUAUCAGGAACCCAAAAAGCGCAGUAGAAACCGUUUCCUGGUCAGAAACCCCCGUGUUGUCAUUGGUGCCCUUCAGAGACACCUACGUCGCCAGUUAUGGUAAUGGAACCUGCUAUAUCCCCUUGAAGGGUUCUGAACAAGUUCUGCAACUCACUGGGCCUAAUAGACAACCCGUGUUCCAGGUGGCGGCAUGGAAGAAGCUUGUGUACACGUGCUGCAGGGACGGAUUCAUCCGCAAAUAUGAAAUCCCAGAUCUGGGAUAGAUUUGUGCAGAACUUACUCCUUCUGUAUUACUAACCUGCCCCCAUGUUUCCUCCGACCAAAGGGCAAGUCUUCCCUUGUAGUUGGGAAAUGCCAUUUUGUAUUUAUAGGGUGAGUGUAACAGCCAGGUAGUUUCUAUCAUAUAGUGAGAUGCAUAUAUGUGUUUGGUAUAUUGUGAGCACAGACAUUACUUCCCUGCGUAUUUGUACUAAACAUAUGAGAGGGAGCUGCCAUAUUGUUUCCCUUACCUGUACAUGUAUAAAGGUGUUUAUAUACAUAGAA